AUGACACACCAAACCCAUGCUUAUCAUAUAGUAAAUCCAAGCCCCUGACCCCUCACAGGGGCACUAUCCGCUCUCCUACUAACAUCCGGCCUCACCAUAUGAUUUCACUUCAACUCAACCGUCCUACUAACCCUAGGUCUAACAACAAACAUGCUUACAAUAUACCAAUGAUGACGAGAUGUGAUUCGAGAAAGUACCUUCCAAGGUCAUCAUACUCCAGCCGUUCAAAAAGGCCUUCGCUAUGGAAUAAUCCUUUUUAUCAUUUCCGAAGUUUUAUUCUUUACUGGGUUUUUCUGAGCUUUCUAUCACUCGAGCCUUGCCCCCACACCCGAAUUAGGCGGCUGCUGACCCCCAACAGGCAUUCACCCACUUAAUCCCCUAGAAGUCCCAUUACUUAAUACCUCCGUCCUCCUAGCCUCAGGAGUUUCCAUCACCUGAGCUCACCAUAGCCUUAUGGAAGGAGACCGUAACCACAUACUACAAGCCUUAUUCAUUACCAUUAUACUAGGCUUAUACUUCACAUUAUUACAAGCAUCAGAAUAUUAUGAAGCACCAUUCACAAUUUCAGACGGAGUCUACGGUUCAACUUUCUUCGUAGCCACAGGAUUCCACGGUCUUCAUGUUAUCAUCGGAUCUACCUUUUUGAUUGUCUGCUUUUUCCGUCAACUAAAAUUUCACUUCACCUCUAAUCAUCACUUCGGUUUCGAAGCUGCUGCCUGAUACUGACACUUUGUAGACGUAGUAUGACUUUUCCUCUAUGUAUCCAUCUAUUGAUGAGGCUCAU